AAGCAAUAUAUAUAUUCAAUAUUACUCAAAAAUCAAAUAAAGAACAAGCAAUAAAUCAGAAACUCUGUGAAGACAAGAGAUUCAAUUGUCCAGAAUUCUUUUAUUUGAAAAAUGUUCAGAAAAGACUUACAAUUUAUGGAAUAAGCUCAUCGCAUUUGAGAAAAAUUAGUUCUGAACAUGCUAUUACAAUUUAUAGAGGUAAGAAUGAUGUCUAUCAUAAAUGUCUCUGUCAAUUGGCAUUAAGACACAAGGUAGUCACUUUGUGGCUAGACGAUUCAAACUCAGACCCAGAUUCAGAUAUGGAUGAGGACUUAGAUGUGAUUAAUACUUCACAUAAAAAAGAAGCAAAACUAUUAAUCCCUUUUCCAUCUGAAAAAUCACUGAAUAAUUUAGAUGCAAUAGCAUCCUCACAUUGUGAUUGCGAAGCAUCAUUAGAA